AGCUAUUGUUUAUUCUGCAGAGAAAGUCUUGUCGCGUUGUAAUUGUAGCUGAGCUAGCUGUUGUCCUGUAUUUCUGUAUCGUGCCUGGUAUCAAGCUGUGAAGAUACUGUAGCUCUGGAUUGUUAUCAAAGAUGUCUGACUAUCUCACAAUAGCAGAUCUAGGUGUCUAUACAUAGCUACGUUUGAUGCUCGAAUCAAGUGGAGAAACUUCUUGCUAGUUCUUAAAAUACCCUCGGAUACCAUCGACAGCAUUGGGAAAGAAUGGAGCAACAAUCCUGAUGACUGCUAUCGUGAGGGUUUGAAAGAAUGGCUGAAAGGUGGUGAGAGAAGCUGGGAAGAUGUUGUCAAAGCUUUGUCAAGUCCCAUCGUGAGUGAAGUUCACAUAGCCAGGACCAUCGAGAAAGAUCAUCCUAGUGCAAGCAAUCCUAAAAGAAUAAAAUUACAGGUUGACGAAAAUCACCAGUUGAUCAACGAUGAUUUGACUGUUUUCCUAGACGAGCGUCUCGGUAAAGGUGCAUUUGGAGCAGUCUUCAAAGGCAGUUACAGGGGCGAGAUAUGUGCAGUCAAAGUGCUGCUUCACGAUGCUAUGGAGAUGCAAGCAAGUAUUCCAGUCGGCAAAAACGAAGAAGCUAGCGAUGCAAUUGAUCGUGAAAGUGGUUUUCUCAAGUCGUUCCAGCACCCAAAUGUUGUUCAGUUUUUGUUGACUGCCAAGCACCCCAAAUCAGGGAGUACAAUCCUCGUUGUUGAGCUAAUGGAUUGCAAUCUGAGAUCCUAUAUCUCCGGCCUUGAUGAAGAGUCCCUCACUAGCGAAUGUGAAAUUAGCCUCUCCAAAGACGUGGCUUGUGGUCUGGCCUACAUUCACAGCAAGCAGAUUAUCCAUCGUGACCUCUGUGGUGAUAACGUUUUGCUGAAGCUUACACGACCAGUGCCUGUCGCAAAGAUAUCCGACUUUGGCAUGUCACGGCUAUACGAUCCCUCCAAGCUUAGCCACACCCUCACAGCCAUUGGUCACCGUAUGGGGUAUCUACCUCUCGAGGCUAUUCGAUUGGACAAGGAUAAUUACGAUAAUAGCUUGGAUGUGUUCUCUCUUGGGGCGAUUAUGGUACAGAUUGUUUGCAAGCUGAAGACGAUCAAAUCUGUGGAAGAUCGAUCAUUCCAUGUUGCCCAGAUACCUCACAAACACAGGUUGAGGAAGCUUAUCGACAGUUGUUUGCAAGAAGACAUGAGGAGGAGACCAUCUGCCAGGGACAUCUAUACUUACCUAACAACAAGCUCGGACCCAGUGGAGGCAACAAAGAAGGAGUCAAAGGACACUGAACAAGUCAAGAAGGCACACAGGGAACAGAAUAAGCACAAAGAUGCUGAGCUGGUCAGGAGAGACGCCAUCAUUCAACAGCAAAGAAAGGGUCCCCCUCCCAGAGAGUUGAGACCUCCACUCACUCUGAAAUGGAGAAGAGGAAAAGACAUGCCAAUCAAGAUAGGUGGCUCGGUACAGAGUGUUGUUAUCGGUGACACGGUGUAUGUUGGUGGAGGUGAUGCAGACAAUGAUCGUGACGGGUGUACAGUGAUGAAGACCGAGCAAGAUCAAUGGACCAAACUACCAGAGUACACUGCCAUGUGGUUCGCUAUGACAUCACUCGCUAAUCGACUAGUGCUGGUGGGAGGACGUGAUCCAAGUAACAACAAACGCACCAAUCAACUUGCAGUUUUUGAAGCAGGGGAAUGGACUCACCCGUACCCACCAAUGAACAUUGCUCGUGAAUCCUCAACAGCUGUCUCCUUCAACAACCACAUCAUUGUAGCUGGUGGGCGUAAUGAUAAAGAACGUACCUCCUCUGUGGAGGUGUUGGACGUGGCAUCAAGAAGAUGGUACAUUGCUCAGUCACUACCUAACCCACAAUCAUCACUGAAAUCGACUAUCAUAGGAAACACCCUCUACCUAAUGAGAGGGUUCGAUCACACUGGAAGGGCAACCACGAUAGUGCACCACGUCGACCUCAAUGAACUCAUUGCAAAGGCCCUUUCCAACCUGGACGCACCCACUCUCUGGCAGACCUUACAGGAAGUACCACUCGUGCGGUCAGCUCCUCUCAGUAUUGGGAGGUCACUAUUAGCCGUUGGUGGAGCGGACGACAGACACAACCCAAGUUCAUCGAUCCACCUCUACCAGCCUGACACCAGGAGGUGGGUGAAAGUGGGAGACCUGCCUACUGCACGAUACAACUGCACAUGCUCAGUACUUCCUAGUGGAGAGGUUAUUGUAGCCGGAGGAGAGACAAAAAUUGAUUUUAUUAAUUAUAAAAUUAUUCAAGCGUUUACUAGUAUUCAAACUGUUGAUUUCAUCUCUAUAAGCACUAAUUAGUUAUUUUGUUAAUUGUUUCUCUUUAAUUGUGCGAUGAGUUUAUAACAAUAUUGAUAUUCUUUUUAUUAUGUUCAGACAAUUAA